UGUGUGUUUGAGGAUGUCGGCAGAGCAGUGCGUUCAGUGCGCACAUUUUCACCUCCCUUCCCCCAGCAGCUCAUUUUUUCCCCCUAAUGAUCAGAACAGCAGAGCGACACAGCACAAAAGAAGGAAGCUGCACAGGAUCACUGUACAUACAAGAAGAAUUAAAGUCUUUGAGGAAUAGGAGUGGACCACCUUUUCUAGCUCUGCAUCGCAGCACGUCUCAGUCAGCAUUUGAUUAAAGAGAGGCUGGUAACGGUCUCAAGAAUUCAAAUUGUGAAUGAGGAAAUGGCUGAAGCCAUGGCCAAACCGGGAGAGAAAAUCCUCUGUGAAAUCUACAGAAAAUGCAGAUUCUGCAAAUCAAAGAGAUGAGAAGCAAAGGAGUGGCAAACCAUAGGAGGAGGAACAGACUAGAAUGGCAAGAGCUAUAAAAAGGUACAAUGGCAGAGCACACUGCAUCUAUCUGCAACAGGACUGAUGAACAGCAAGCAUCUCAUUCGGUCCAAGAGAAAGGUUUCCACAUAUCUGGACUCUGUGUUUACUCUGGGAGGCCUGGCAAAUCCCACGAACCCAAAGAGAUCAUGCGAUGGAAACGGAGGCAGAGAUACUGCAGUGUGGCCCUUUUCCUCAUUGGGCUCGUGUUUGCGGGAGGCCUCGUUAUUCAGGGUCAAUGGCCUAGUCAAAUCACCAAGGAGAAGUCUGCUGCUCAAGAACUCCAAACCAUGAAAACCUUCUCCAACUUAACCAUGUUGAAAACAACCAAGUUGCAGGAGUUUGAACAGUCCCUUUCACCACUAAAUUCAAAUGAAAAUGUCAUCUUAGCUUUGGAUGAAAGUUUGCAGCAGGAGUUGGAAAGCUCCUUGCUUUCGAACAUCAGUUCGAGCGAAGAGAUGACAGCGGCAAGGAUACUUAGAGAGGAGCCUUAUGAGUACAUCCUCAACGAGCCGAACGCAUGUCUGCUGCGAGCUCCUUUCUUAGUGCUUUUGAUUGAGGUUGAGCCCAAGAAAACAGCCGCCAGGAAUGCCAUCAGGAAAACAUGGGCCAAUGAAAGCGUGGCUGGGGGUUUGGGUUUAAUCCGCCUUUUUAUCAUAGGUGUAAAUCAAGACACCCAAAGAAAUGACAGCAUUCUGCAGCAAACAAUAGAGGAAGAAAGUCAUCGAUAUCAUGAUAUAAUCCAGCAAGAUUACAGGGAUACUUACAACAACCUUACCCUGAAAACGCUGAUGGGGAUGUACUGGAUCACAAAGUACUGUCCCGAGGCCAAAUACGUCAUGAAGACAGACAGUGACAUGUUUGUCAACACCGAAUACCUCAUAGAAAAACUCCUAAAACCCAGAGGGCAACCAACACAGAAGUAUUUCACAGGACUUCACAUGUUAGACUUCUCCCCAAACCGAAACAAAGAGAGUAAAUGGUACAUGCCCCGAGAAGUGUACCCUGGUAGCCGAUACCCCACCUUUUGUUCUGGGACUGGAUACGUCUUCUCAGGCGAUUUGGCCCAAAGGAUAUACGUGGCAUCUCUGAUCAUACCAAGACUGCAUUUAGAAGAUGUUUACGUGGGUAUGUGUCUAGCUAAACUGAAGAUAGAGCCAACGCCACCACCAAACGAACUGCUGUUCAAUCACUGGCGAGUGCCCUACUCUAGCUGUAGGUACAGCAACCUGAUCACCUCUCAUGGGAUUCAUCCCAAUGAGAUCAUCCAGUACUGGCAGCACCUGCAGAGCAACAAGCACAAUCCCUGCCAAACGACUUGGUAGAAGGUUCAAUAAACUGAUUUUGUCUUCUUUGAAGGUUUUAUAAUAAGGUUGAAAAGACCUGUGACAUUUCACGUUCUGCCAAAUACAACAGAUUAAAGUUCUUGUUCUGAGGGUUCUGGACAACCUUACCUGGAUUUUUUUUUGAUCAUUUUUUUCAAUUUCUGUAAACUUAAUGAUCUUCACAAGCCUUAAUCAGUUGUGCUUUAAAUAUUUUUAUGAUAAAUCUUACAGAAUUGUAAAGAAGCGAGCUACUGAAAGAUAAUACAGCCACAAUGCAAAGAAAAUUAGGCCACAUUUUUUGGUCCAAUCAACUCAUUAAAGGACUUCAAGUGUAACAUUUAUCAUUCAACAGAGUAAACUGGUAAAACAAAAUGAUGAUUGUGAGGUCUUUUGGAAGAACAUAUAUGCCAUAAGGAUGGGUAAUGAAUAUUAUCUUAUGGCUGAACAUAAGUCAAAAAUGCAUGACAGUAAACCAUUUACUCUCAAAAUACAAAGUAUUUACCAUCCAUGUACUCAAUGCUGGAAAGUGGAUUACUUCCAAAUUGUAGUCUGUUACUGAUUACAAAUUACAUGAGAGAAGUUGUAGUUUGUAACAUAUUCUAUUGGAUUACACAUUUAAUAAUGUAUUCUAACUACUUUGUUACUUUUAGAUUACUUUUGAUCUAAGCCCAUAUCUAUUCUUUGUUAUUAAGACCAAGAAGUACAUUAAACAUUACAGUAUGCCAGGGUUUCCCAAACUGGGGUUCGUGAUUGAACUGCAGAGGGCUUGUUGUGAGUUGAUGUUUUAUUUAUUAACUUGUAAAAAUGAAAAAUUAUACUAAUUACCAAAAUCAAACAGUUGAGAAUAUUUUUUUUUUUGAAAAAAAAAAAAAAAAAAAAAAAAAAAAGAAGAAUUGGGG